CCUCUGCUUUAGCUCGUAUAAUAACAAUAUCACCGAUCCUUGGUUAAUAUGUAGGUAAGUAGAGUAUUGUUGGCGGUUUUUGGAUGUUUUUUAGAGGGUUUUACAGGCUGAAUAUAUGGCUGCAUUGUUAGCCGCCUCUUGCUAGAGUUUUUUUGUGAUUUAGAGUCAACAAAAGUGGGGAUUGGUAAUGAUAGGUUGGGUCUUUUUUUUUGUUGGAAUUUUGCCCAUGUAAUAAAGUGAUAGUAGUGAAUGUAAAAUCUUAAGAAUACAUUUUAUAAGCAGUACAGUCAACAAAAAGUGCCAUUUUUAUGCAAUAGAUGCUUCUAACCCAGUGGUUCUCAAACUGUGGUACGCCAAAGAAUCACUUCAUUGAAUAUUCAAAGACAGUGUUACUGUUCAAACUGCGGCACAAAAGCAAAAAUAUUAAAUAUACUUGUUAAAUAAAACCUCCCUCUCUUUUUUUUUUUAAUGAAAACUUUGGCCUACUAUGGAGAGCCGAGUGUUGGUGGAAAAAAAGGUUGUGAACCACUUUUCUAACCCAUGAGAGACUUUUGAAAAAAAUAGUCCAUCCAUCCAUUUCCUACCGCUUGUCCCUAGUCAAAUUGUGUAAACGUAUCAUUGCAUUUCCUUUGACGUAUGUUACCGGUCCUCUGACGUAAGCCCUCAGAAAAAAAGGGAAAAAAAAGAGCCACCAAAGUCACCCGGCAGACCCUCCGCCAUUGUCUCAUUGGCGCGCUCCACGCAGGAUCUCCCACGGAGCCGUCGGCACAUGUUUCUAGACGCUCCUCAGGUACGUUGGAAAAUAUCUUUUAACCUAUUUGUCGUAAUAUUUACCUUUUUUUUUUUGCAAGUCUAACGUGGGCGCGGAAGAAGUCACUUCUACGUGCGUAAUGCGCCAAAUUACGCACGGAUUUGGUUCAUUACAAAGUAACGCAAACCUAAUUGUAACCACUUUUUUAUUUUUAGUAACUUCUUUUAAAAUGAAACGUCUUGUUUUUUAUGUUUUAUGAGCAUUUGUACCACAUUUUAAUGCGUUUUAUGUAUUUGCGUAAUUGUGACAUUCAGUCCCUCAUUUGAUGUACAAACAUUUUUUUUUAAUGAACUUAUUCUUUACGCGCGUGCGCGCGCACACUGCUCGCACCCACGCACCCACGCAGGUCCUCCGUGCGUCCUCGCUGCGAGCGCAAGACCCGGCGCGGCCAUGACGAUCCACGUGGAAGGACUGGUGGCCAUCGCGGUCUUCUACCUGCUCAUCCUCUUCGUGGGCAUCUGGGCGGCGUGGAAGAACAAACACUCGGGGGAGGCGGAGGGCACGGACCGCAGUGAGACCAUCAUGGUGGGAGGCAGAGACAUCGGCUUGUUCGUCGGGGGAUUCACAAUGACGGCAACUUGGGUGGGAGGAGGAUACAUUAACGGCACUGCUGAGUAUGUUUAUCUCCCGGACAACGGCUUGGCUUGGGCACAAGCCCCCUUUGGAUACGCACUCAGUCUCGUGGUUGGCGGACUUUUUUUCGCCAAGCCCAUGCGCUCCCGAGGUUACGUCACCAUGCUGGACCCUUUCCAGCAGCUGUACGGGAAACGCAUGGGCGGCCUCCUCUUCAUACCCGCUUUAAUGGGGGAGAUCUUCUGGUCCGCCGCCAUCUUGUCCGCUCUCGGUGCCACGCUCAGCGUCAUCGUGGACAUCAACAUCAAAAUGUCGGUGGUCCUCUCGGCCCUCAUCGCCAUCUUCUACACGCUGGUGGGCGGACUUUACUCGGUGGCGUACACGGACGUGGUGCAGCUCUUCUGCAUCUUUGUGGGCCUGUGGAUCAGCGUUCCGUUCGCUCUGACCAACCCGGCCGUGUCGGACAUCACGGUGACGGCAGUGAGGGAAGUGUACCAGGCGCCAUGGAGAGGCAGCAUCAACAAGAGUGACACCUGGGUCUGGAUCGACAAUUUUUGCCUGCUGAUGCUGGGAGGCAUUCCUUGGCAGGUGUACUUCCAAAGAGUCCUGUCCGCGUCCUCCGCCACCUACGCACAAGUCCUCUCCUUCCUGGCGGCGUUCGGGUGCCUGGUCAUGGCCGUCCCCUCGGUUCUCAUCGGAGCCAUCGGGGCCUCAACAGACUGGAACCAAACCACAUACGGCGCCAUUCCUCCUAAGGACAAGGAGCAGGCGGACAUGAUCCUUCCCAUCGUUCUCCAGCACCUCUGCCCGCCGUUCGUCUCCUUCUUCGGCCUGGGCGCCGUCUCCGCCGCCGUCAUGUCGUCCGCCGACUCCUCCAUCCUGUCGGCCAGCUCCAUGUUUGCCAGAAACAUCUACCAGCUGGCCUUCAGACAGUCGGCGUCGGAUCGCGAGAUUGUGUGGGUGAUGCGCGUCACCAUCUUUGUGUUCGGCGGCCUGGCCACGGUGAUGGCGCUGGUCACGGGCACGGUUUACGGACUGUGGUACCUCAGCUCCGACCUGGUGUACGUCAUCAUCUUCCCUCAGCUCCUCAGCGUGCUCUUCGUCAAAGGCACCAACACGUACGGCUCGGUGGCCGCCUACUUUUUCGGCAUGGUGCUGCGCAUCGGCGGCGGCGAGCCCUACCUGCAGCUGCCGCCUUUCAUUUACUACCCGGGCUGGACCACGGAGCAGCGCAAGCAUCACAUCACCGGAGAAAUGGAGGACGUGGUCAUCCAGAAGUUCCCGUUCAAGACGGCCUCCAUGCUGGCCUCCUUCCUCGGCAACGUGGCCUUCUCCUACCUGGCCAAGUACCUCUUCGAGAGCGGCAAGCUGUCCCACAAGUACGACUUCCUCGACGCCGUGGUGUCCAAGCACAGCGGCGAGAUCAUGGAUAAGACCACGCUCGUGACUCGGGGAAACAACAUCGGGCUGUCGGAGAUGGCGCCCGUCAAGCCGCGGCUGAGCGUGACCCUGGCGGCCGCCUUCACGCGCCGCGACACGCUGCCGGCGGAAUUGGUGGAGGAGGAGGAGGAGGAGUCGAGCCCUGACUCCUCCCAUCACGAUGAAUAAAACAACAACUCAGGGUGUGAUUUUUAAGGCGACCGAAUCUGGUCAUGCUGUCAAUCAAAGACGAAGAGCCAAAGUCCUCUCACCGACAGUGAGGGACCACACGGACUGGAAUAACAUUUAGCGGGAAGUUGUGCAACUGGACUUUUUUCUUCUUCACCAAGAACUCUAACAACAGCGUCAUGUAGUUCAACAA